AUGCAGAUAGGAGAUCAGAAACAAAUUCCCUCCCCCGCCACCCACCCUCCCCCCAACGGAGAAACAACAACAACAAGUAGACAUGAUGGUGUUAAAGAAUGGGUGGAACAAUUGAGGGAAGUAGCUUUUCAAAUAGAGGACGCCAUUCAUGAAUACUUGCUUCACAAGGAACCACAAAAUCAUCAUCAUCAGCAUGGUCUUUUCAUCAAUUCCCUCCAUAGAAUUGGUCAUUCAAUUCUUAAUAUGAAAGCAUGCCACCAUAUUGCCUCUCAAAUAAAUAAGAUCAGAUCAAGGAUCCUUGAAAUCAAGGAAAGAAGUUUGAGGUACGGAUUUUACUAUGCAACUAUAGUCAAUGAUGAUGAUCAACAGAAAGGAUGUAAAAUGUGGUUUUCGUCCAAACACCCACUUGGUAAAUCACAGCUAGAGCGCACUGUGGUUUCAGUUGUUGGGAUGGGGGGAAUGGGCAAUACCACUCUUGCCAAGCGUGUAUAUGAUCGUGUGGUGGCCAAGUUGGAUUGUCAUGCCCGGAUCACAGUUUGUAAAUCAUACUAUACUGGUGAAGAUGAUUGGAAAAAUUUGCCUCUGCCUUUAGACAAAACCUGGCAGCUCUUUUGCAACAAGGCUUUCCAAUUUGAAUUUGCUAGGUAUUGUCCUGCAGAGUUGGAAAAUUUGUCUGAUAAGAUUGCUAAAAGAUGCGAAGGGUUACCUCUUGUUAUAGUAGCUAUUGCUGGACUUUUAUAUGGUAAAGAAAAGACAGUUCUUGAAUGGUAA